AUGCAUGGAUGUCCAAUCUUCGACGUUAACACAAAGCUGGCCGCAGGUUUGUUACGUGACUUUGUAACUUAUCACACUUACAUUUGUACAGAUUUGUACCAACUUUUUUCUCGAUUAUAAUAUUUACUCUUUAUUUACAUUCACAGGAAUGUUACAUGCAGGAAUGGGAGCAACACAUGUAAAUGCUCUAUUAUCCUCUUUAAACAUCCCUCCUGUUCAUGGGGACACAUUAAAAGCCAGAGAACGAGAAAUUGGUCCGGCCAUCGAGGACAUUGCUAACACAUUAUGUGAACAUAUGUUAGACGAGGAAAAGAAACAGUGGGGAAGUACCGAACGUGUAAAUGAAACAGUGCCUAUUGGUGCGUCCUAUGAUAUGGGGUGGCAGAAAAGAGGGAAGGGUCAUAAUAGUUUAACAGGUACCUGA